AUGCUCUUCCGUUCCGCCGCCCGCACCUCCCGCAUCGCCUCGUCGUCGCUCUCGACCCUCUCGCAGCGUCGUCUCGCUUCGUCGCUCGUCUUCCUCGAGCAAAAGGGCGGCAAGCUCAACGACGGCUCCCUCACUGCCGUCACUGCCGCCCAGCAGGUCGGCGGCGACGUCGCUGGUAUCGUUAUUGGCUCCAAGGCCGACGUUGACGGCGUCCUCGCGCAGGUUAAGAGCAUCAACGGUCUCUCGAAGAUCUACGCUGCCGCCGACGAGGCGUACGCCAACGGUAUUGCUGAGAACGUCACUCCCCUCCUUGCCUCUGUCAUCCCCAGCAAGUCGAUCACCCACCUCUUCGGUGCUCACUCUGCCGCUGGCAAGAACAUCUUCCCCCGCCUCGCCGGUGCCCUCGAUGUCUCGAUGAUUUCGGACAUUGUCGCCCUCGAGGGUGAGGACACCUUCACUCGUCCCAUCUACGCCGGCAACGCCAUCCUCAAGCUCAAGUCUUCCAAGGACGCCGUCAAGAUUGUCACUGUCCGCACCACCGCCUUCAGCAAGGCCAGCACCGAGGGUGGCUCGGCUGCCGUCGAGGAGGUUGCCCCCGUCGCCUCCGACUCGAACACCAAGUUUGUGUCCGAGGAGAUUGUCGUCUCGUCGCGCCCCGACCUUGGCUCGGCCUCCAAGGUCGUCUCUGGUGGCCGUGCUCUCAAGAGCAAGGAGAGCUUCGAGUCGGUUCUUGACCCCCUCGCCGACGCUCUCGGCGCUGCCGUCGGUGCGUCGCGUGCGGCCGUCGACGCCGGCUACGCCGACAACUCGCUCCAGGUCGGCCAGACCGGCAAGGUCGUCGCCCCCGAGCUUUACGUCGCUGUCGGUAUCUCGGGCGCCAUCCAGCACCUUGCUGGUAUGAAGGAGUCCAAGCUCAUCGUCGCCAUCAACAAGGACGCCGACGCGCCCAUCUUCCAGAUCGCCGACGUCGGUCUUGUUGCUGACCUCUUUGACGCCGUGCCCGAGUUGGUCAAGGAGCUUGAGGCCCAGAAGUAG